UUACGAUAUAAACCCUAAAAUCCCAGCAAGCAUCCUCAUUUUGUUGAAGCGUUUUCCACCUCCGAAGUUGAGAGAUUUGUAUACACAAAUCCACAUUUUCAAAGUCCACGAAUCGUCCAUUACGAUAUAAACCCUAAAAUCCCAGCAAGCAUCCUCAUUUUGUUGAAGCGUUUUCCACCUCUCAACCGCCACGCCAAACAUGCCUUCACAUAAGACUUUCAGAAUCAAGAAGAAGCUGGCCAAGAAGAUGAGGCAGAACAGGCCUAUCCCUUAUUGGAUCCGCAUGCGCACCGAUAACACCAUUAGGUACAAUGCGAAGCGUAGGCACUGGCGCCGUACCAAGCUAGGGUUCUAAGCUUUAUGUGCCUUUUUUGUAGUUUUGUACUCAAGCAAAGCUCUGUUUUUUUGUUUAUUUCAUGACAUUUUGAUGUGGCGUUGAACCUUUUUAUAUGAUGGUUAUUGACGAUAUUUAGCCAUUGUUUCGACUGUUGUCUAUCUAAUGUUUUGAUUUCGAGCGUUGAAUUUUUAUGAAACUGAAUCAUUAUGUUCUUUAGAAUUAAUGAAAACUGUUAUUAUUCAGUAA